GUAUCACCGUAUAAACCGAUGUAUCAACUGUGACAAAACGUUGCGUUUGACGUUUCUCCUUUGAGGUUAGUCGAACGAAUUGACAAUUUAAUAAAACGGUACUUUACCGUGUAUUGCAUCAUUAUUCUACAAUGUUUAGAUCAACUUACGUAACGAUUUAAUGAUUAAACGUUCAACCGAUGUUAUAAAAGUUAAACGGGUUUCGAAAAGUUUCGGGAAAAAGAGAGAGAGAAAGAGAGAGAGAGAGAAAAAAAAGAAAGAAAAAAAGAAAGAAAGAAAAGAAAUAUCAUGACUUGGCUCGGUACGAUCGCUAAUAAUGUGUUACGAAAUAUUGUGUUUACGGCUCCUCCACCUAAUAUGGUUUUAACUGUCAAAACCGAUCAAUAUAGUAAUCGUCUUAUUCUUUGUCGAGAGGAUGGCAUUGUACUGUACAGACCUGGUAAUAAAGGUAUUGAGAAUAAAUAUGAGAUUAUACUUCAUAGACCCUGUACAGAAACAUUGGAUCAAGCUUAUAGCUUAUAUCGAACAGAUGAUAUAACCGAAGGUGAAACACGUUUCCUGAUAUACAAAGAUAAAGUUCCUGUUUUAGUUCAAAUAUCACGUGAGAUGAGCAACGUAAGCAAGAUACAGAGAUUAUGCGACACUUUGGUAGAACAUCCAACAUGGACGUUGGCUCAUUUGGCGGCUCAUUUUGCACUUUACGAGGCAUUUAAAAAUACGGUGGUAAAUAGUCAAUUGAAUAGCAGCGAUUUAGAUACAGGAGUAUCGCCGUUGCAAGUAGCAGUACAAACAAAAAAUUUGCGAACUGUACAAAUGUUAAAAGCUGCUAAUAGCUCAUUGGAACAUACCGAUAAACAAGGGAACACGGUCUAUCAUUAUGCUGCUACAUCAACCAAAGAUAUUAUUUUAACGAUUAAAGGUUUAUCUAAUAGUUUAAAUAGUAGAAAUAUUGAUGGUUAUACGCCUUUACAUAUCGCUUGUAUGAACGAUGAACCAGAAUGCGUGAAGGCACUUUUAUUAAUUGGAGCAGACGUUAAUAUACCACCAUCUGAUGGACAACCCUCUAGUCCAGGAUACGUAGGUGAUUUCUUACAUAAUAAACCUAAUGUCCUUUAUUCGGAAGACAUGAGAUUUGGUGGUACACCGUUACAUUGGUCUCAUAGUAGACCGGUCGUAAAUGCUCUGAUCGAACAUCACGUUGACAUAGACGCUGUAAAUUUUCAAGGACGUACAGCUUUACACGUUAUGGUUAUAAGAAAACGUUUGGAUUGCGUGGUGGCUCUAUUGAGUCAUAUGGCUUCCGUAAACAAGGUCGAUCAGGAUGGUAAUACUCCAUUACAUUUGGCCGUGUCAUCAGGGACCAUAGCAAUUGUACAAGUUCUCAUUGGAUUUGGAGCUGACAUAAAUGCAAGAAAUUGGAAAUCCGAAACACCAAGACACAUGAUUAAUCUUAAUAAUAACGAUGGUCAAAAGAUACUUUAUAUCUUACAUGCCGUUGGUGCACAACGUUGUCCAUACGAGAUGAAGGAUUGUAAUAUAGGAUGUAAAUACGAUGAGAAUUACAAUGGUAUUAGAUUGAACGAAGUACCAAGAUCUAUACCACGUAAUACAUUGGAUCAAAUGUUACAUGUAUCCAGUAUGGAAGUAAUGGCGUCAUUUGGAAGAAGAAAGAUGAAAGGUGGAAGAUUAUUAUGUCUCGACGGUGGUGGAAUACGUGGAUUGGUAUUGAUACAAACCUUGUUAGAAAUUGAAUCGAUAUUGAAGAAACCUGUAAUAGAAUGUUUCGAUUGGGUUGCUGGUACUUCGACCGGUGGAAUUUUAGCACUUGGUUUGGCAUCGGGGAAAUCAUUGAAGGAAUGUCAAGCUUUAUAUUUUCGUAUUAAGGAGGAUGCCUUCGUAGGUUUUAGACCUUACAACAGUGAGGACUUAGAGAAUAUAUUAAAGGAUUGUUUAGGUCCAGAAACUGUAAUGGCCGACAUAGAAAGACCUAAAUUAAUGAUAACGAGUGUAUUGGCCGAUCGUAAACCCGUUGAUUUACAUCUUUUUCGUAAUUAUGAAUCACCGAGUGAAUUAUUAGACGUACCAAGGAAUACAGAUUUCAAAGAUACAUUAUCACCAGCUAAACAAUUAUUAUGGAAGGCGGCACGUGCUACCGGUGCAGCGCCAUCAUAUUUUCGUGCUUUCGGUAGAUUUCUCGAUGGUGGACUUAUUGCCAAUAAUCCGACAUUAGAUGCCAUAACGGAGAUACAUGAAUAUAAUUUGGCAUUGAAGGCCGUCAAACGAGAAUCCGAGGUUAUACCAUUGUCAUUGGUUGUAUCCUUGGGUACAGGAUUAAUACCGGUUGAACCAUUAACCGAUAUAGAUGUGUUUAGACCAGAGGGUUUAUGGGAUACGGCUAAAGUGGCCAUGGGUAUAACAGCAUUGGGAUCUUUACUUGUAGAUCAAGCCACGGCUAGCGAUGGAAGGGUAGUUGAUCGUGCUAGAACCUGGUGUUCUAUGAUUGGCGUACCAUAUUAUAGAUUUAAUCCGCAAUUAUCAAUUGAAAUAGCAAUGGACGAGAAAAAGGAUGAAAUAUUGGCGGACAUGAUAUGGACCGCUAAAGCAUUCAUGCAUGCCAAUAGAAAUCAAAUUAAUGAAUUAGCCGCAGUUAUUAAUCGGGAUGAAUAGAUUUCUAAUGCUGUUGAUCGGAAGGGGGGGGGGGUUCUUGUUUCUUCUUUUCUUUCUUUCCUUUUUUUUUUUCUUUUCUUUUCUUUUCUUUCGUCUUGAUUAUUUUCUUUUUCUUUUUUAUUUUAUUUCAUUUUAUUUUUUAUCUCCUUUCGAAAAGAGAAAAAAAAAAAAAAAAAGAAAAAAGAAAAAAGAAAAAAAAAAGAACUUCAAUCGUUUAUCAUUUUAACGCACAAUUCGUUUAUCUUACGUUACAUUAAGAAAAGGAAACGAUUGAUUAAGUCUGAGAGGGAAUUAAGAUGAGGGAACAUUAUUAUUAAUCUCUUCUUUUCUCAAUUAUACUCAUAGUAUAUAGAUAAGUAAUUCAAUAUCUUCUUUCUUUUCGUUUUGUUUUGUUUUGUUUUGUUUUGUUUUGUUUUUAUAUCAAUCCUUUUGUAUCUCUCGUGCGUCAUAUUUAUAUCAUAAAUAAAUAUGAAACGUCGUAAUAUUUUGAAAGAUCUCGUAGAAAAACUUUGAUAGGGAUUUCUAAAAUAAUACAAUUAGAUGGAUAUUUUAUGAAUUUGUGUAUUUUAUUGGAAAAAUCCAUGCGGAUAGAGUAUAUACAGAGAAUUAAAGAAAUAAACGAACGAAAAAAGUGGAAAUAAAAAAUAGAAAAAAGAAAAAAAGAAAAAAAACA